UACCAAAUGGAUUCAGAAGUGAGUGAAAUGUCAACGAUUGAGACGAUAAGUACCGGAAGUCGUCUGCUGGAAACAACAACAGCUAUGGAAGACUUUUGGACAGAUGAUGAUGGUAACUCAACAGAAAUAUUUAACAUAUCAUAUCAUGUUACACAUGGAUACAAUGAUUCUUUAAACAGAAGUGUUACAGAAAUUCCAACUUUACCCUAUAAUUCUAAAGUGAUUUUAAUAACCAUGUAUACUUUUAUUACUGUGGCAGCCAUAAUUGGAAAUUCCAUUGCAAUCGUAAUAUUCACCAGAGGAAAGAGAUCAAGGACGGAAUUGCGUGCAUUUUUAACCAAUUUGGCUGUUGCAGACCUUAUUAUGGGUAUAUUUUGUAUACCAUUUACCUUAUCGUAUCAAAUAAUCGGUGAAUGGGUAUUUACAGCACCAAUGUGCCCUGUUGUUAUAUUUUUACAAUACGUUUCUGUUACCGCCAGCGUCUUUACGAACAUGGCUAUAGGCAUUGACAGAUUCUAUGCUGUUGCGUUUCCAUUACGAAAACGUUUGACCUCAUCGAAAUCAAAGUUUGUGAUAAUAACUAUAUGGACAUUUUCAGUUGUCAUCAAUUCUGUCCAGUUAUUAAUAGGCCGGACCGAAGUGGAUGGUGCUGGUAGACUACAGUGUGGCGAAUCAUGGCCCUAUCCUCAAAAAGAAUUAAAACAGUCUUAUUCACUGUUUGUGUUAUUUUUAACCUAUUUUCUGCCAUUGUGUAUAUUAAGUGUUACUUAUACCAUAAUUGGAAGAAUAUUAUGGAAACGAAAUGUUCCUGGUAAUAGUGAUGAAACUCGUGAUGCCUUACAAAUAAAAUCGAAACGAAAGGUUGUAAAGAUGUUGGUGACAAUAGUUUUAUUGUUUGGAUUAUGUUGGUUACCAUUACAUACCUUUAUGUUAAUAUUAGACUUCAAUCCAACUUUAAUUACUAAUUAUAAUGUACAAGAAAAAAUAUAUUUUGGUAGCCAUUGGUUAGCUAUGUCAAAUAGCUUUGUCAAUCCAGUUAUUUAUGGUUUUAUGAAUGAAAGUUUCAGGGUAGGUAUA